CGUUUCGCCGGACACCAGAACUGAUUGUGUUUCUAUUACACAAAUGUUCAACGCUUUGAAAAAUUAAAUAAAUCGCCUUGAAACUAAUGUGUAUAAGUUUCAGCCUUUGAUGAGUGAUAAAAGGCAGAGAGCGAGAGUCCAGGGCUCCUGGGCCAAACCUCUUCACAAACCACAACAGCCAACAGCUCAAGAUGUCCAGUCAGUGUCAGGUUCAUGGAGAUGUGUGCCACGAUCAUUUGAGUUCCAUCAGCCUGCUGAUCCUAUCAGAGAGAUUCCGGCAGAGAAAGUGAUUGAAAAUGCCGGUGACUAUGAGAUUAGUCAAGGGCCUACUGGAGUGUCCAGACUGCGACUCAUACCAGGGUUUCUACAGCAGGAGGAGGCUGACUGGAUGUUUAGCAAGCUGCUUGCUGAACUGCCAUGGUCACAAAAGACCAAUUAUAGGAUGAUGGGUGAUGCAUAUGAGGAACCCAGACUCACUUGUUGGUAUGGAGAGCUGCCAUAUACAUAUUCACGCUCCACUAUGCAGGCCAAUGCUCAGUGGCAUCCAGUUCUCACCACUUUACGCCUGGCUGUCGAGGAGAAGAGCGGCCACACGUUUAACUCAUUGCUGUGUAACCUGUACCGGGACGGUAAAGACAGCAUUGGCUGGCACAGUGACAGCGAGCCAUCAUUAGGACCCCAGCCCGUCAUCGCCUCUCUGAGUCUGGGCGACACUAGAGUGUUCAGUCUCCGAAAGCAUCCACUUCCUCAAGACAAAGGAGACUACACCUAUGUGGAGCUCAUAUGCAUCCCGUUGAGCCACGGGACACUCCUGCUCAUGGAAGGCUGUACGCAGACGGACUGGCAGCACCAGGUGGCAAAAGAGUACCAUGACCAUGGGCCUCGAAUAAACCUCACGUUCCGCACCAUAUACCCAGAGCCAGAGCGUCCCAGUGGGAGAUUUGUGAGGUGAUCACUGGGAGAAGACACCACAGGUUUGACGAAAUCUGUCUCAUUCACAGAGCACUAGUGGACUGUUAAACACAUAUCCAUUCUGUUUGAUUCUAUUUAUUUAAUUGUGGUAGUUGGCUUUUGACCCUGCACAAUGAUAAGCUUGUCUGGCUAUGAUGGCAUUUUUGUUUACUUAAAUUAUUCUUUUCUCACAGCAAUUGUCCACAAAUUGUUUAUGGUAUAAGAAAAUGUUAUUGUUAUUACUUGUUUGGAGAAUAUAAGUCAAAAAAGCAGUGCCAAAUGGCCCAUAUUUCUGUUACAGCCCCCCAAAGGCUCUUUUUCUGGGUGAAUUGCUGUUUUAAUAUUAUAUGUUGUGCAAUUUUUCAUUCAUAGCUUGUGGUGAAUAAACCUGAAUUACAAACAUUUGUUCAGUGUCAUUAUGGGGUUGGUUACACUACCGUCCAAAAGUUUGGAGUCUGUAAGAUUUUUUUAAUGAUUUUGAAGUCUCUCAUGCUCACCAAUGUUGUUUUUGUUCAUCAAAAUGUCUUCUUUUUUAAGAUAUUUUUCCUGUGAUGCAAAGCUGAAUAUUCAGCAUCAUUACUCCAGUUAAGCUUUACAUUUGACUUGCUAGCCUCUUCUCAUUGUUGAUGAGUCAUGGUCGAGUCCUUGUGUGGUUGGUUAAGAGCUGAAUGGCUCUCUCUGUCACAACAAACCUCAAAAGAUGACUACGCUAUUUUGUGAGCCAGAAAUGCUAUCAAAGAAAAUUCUCUUAGUUCAUAAACAAAUAUUAUAUAACAUGUUCUUGGGUGUCUUUUUAAAUUGUUCCAUAUUCAUCUCUGGGGUGAACAAGGCCCAAAGGUCAGAUAUGGGCCUUGUUAGGUCACCCUUUUAAAGACAAUAUUCCUAAAUAUGGGAAUGCCAUUGAACAUAGCAGUGUUUUUGGCAGCUAUGCAGAGAUUAUCCAGAGAACUUCAAAAUGUUUUGAAACCGCAAACCGUAAAUCCCGUACUCUUGCAUGUGACUUCCAGUGAUUUAUCGGAGCUCUUUAAUUUGAGUUUCUUGGUGUUCCUUUCUGCUCGCCUGGCAGAGCUUCCCCAUAAAGCUGCUUCUGUUCUGGAAUGCAGGGACCCUCGCUGUGUAAUGGGAUCAUUGGCCAUUAUUUUUCCAGUCCAGUUAAAUUUUUGUAAGUUUCACUCCCAGGGUUUGCAGGGAGAUCUGUUUGGGAAAGUUGUGUAUGCAACAACUGUCAUGAUUGAGCUCUUAGUCAGAAAAAUAUCCUGCCCUCGCAUUUAAAGGGAUAGUUCACCCAAAAAUGAAAAGUCUGUCAUCCUCAUCCUCAAAACAAAUAUAACUUUUGUUCACCAUUGAAACACAAAUGAGAAUAUUUGUAUGAAUUUUGAAAGAUUUCUGUUUGUUGUUUAAAUCAAAUCAAAACUUUGCUGCCUCAAGACGUUUAUUAAAAGAUUGUAAAAUAAGUCUGUAUUAAUUGAACAGUUAAAGGGCUAGAUUACCCCAUGAUUUACUCACCCUUAAGCCAGAAAAAAAUACAAUUGGACUUAUGUUAAAAAUGUCUUGGCUCUUCAAAAUUUUAUAAUGGCUUUUAAAAGCUUUAUGAAGUUGUAAAUAUGGAUAUUCUUUUACACAAAUGCAUCGAUUUCAGUUCAGAAGGUGUUUAUUAACCUCCUGGAGUCGAGUCAUGGAGCACUCUUUAUGAUGGAUGGAUGCACUUACUUUUGCUUCAAAAUCUCGACCUCCAUUCACUGCCAUUAUAAAGCUUGGAAGAGUAAUUUAGUUGAGCAACACAAACUUAGAAAUCAUAAAAUGUGGUAAACAGAAACUUGUUGCUGUCACACAAACACAUUUUUGGCUUUCAGCAAGAACCAAUGCAGUUUGUUUUCGCAUGUCACACAAAAACAUUCAAGUUACCUCAAGAACCACUGAGGUUUUUCGCAUUUUGUAUGAACAUGUUUGAACUGUUUUGUGUUGAUAAGUGUUUGUAUGUGUAAAAAAACCUGUUAUCAUAUAAAGUAUCCCUUUAUAUAAUCAUAUAAAAUCCCUUUAACAUACAUUGAUUUUCAAGCCUUCACAGUACCACUGGCCAGAGCACCUUUAAAUAACCUUCUGGCAAUUUGUCCAGUAUGCUUUUAGCAUUUCCCAGUUGCACUAGGAUCAUAACUGAAAGACCAGUGGGCAAAAACUGCAUGUUUGGAAAGUCCAGUGAGCCAUGUCCUGCCAGGGUCUUCACUCCCAGUAGCCCUUCAGUGGCCUUUUAUUAACAAUACCACAUGUAUUUUUUGUUAGCACCUGUCUGAAACCGCUCUCUUGUGUCCAACCGCAAGGGUCUGAUUUCAAGUUACAUCAAGAGUCAUGCAAACCAUGCCUCUCGACCCCUGUUUGUCAUAUGAGUUGGACUUGGAAUCAAAAGGAUGUUCAUAAUGACAGCUAUUUUCAGCAAAAGACACGACUGGAAGUCAUUAUGAAAGAUUUGACAUGGAUUGUGUUCUUGGAUGGAAAGUCCACAACUUUUUGCCACAUAAGGCUAACAGCAACAUGCACGGCGUGGGCACAAUUCCAUCAGAUGUUGGCAGUUUUUCUGAUGAAGUCAAGGCCUGUGCUCCGUCCCAUGAUUUCUCGUUCCCACCAAUACAAAGACCCAGUUCUCUCUCUGUCUUGAGGGAAAACUCCUCCUUUUCCCAGAAGAACUUUGUCACAAAAACAUGAUGCAUGUAGAUCAGGAUUAUUUACUCCCACAAUAAAGCGUGCAACAGAGCUAAUUAAUCGUGAUUUAUUCCAUUACUUCCAAGAAGACAUGGACUGAAUAUGAAGGCAUAUCUAGGAAUCCAUUUAAAGGCCCUGAUAUGAUCUUGUUUGCAGUUUAUAUAAUUUCUGACUGUUUACACAUAGGGAUACACA